GGGCUCCUUAGAUGCGCCACGGCUUCGGUAGCGACCGUAGCUCCUGCCGGGUGUGAGUGUCGCCAGCCCCUCCCCCAGGAGACCGUUGCAGUUGGUCGCCCCCUGCUUCUCGGUAACCAUGUGCGACCGAAAGGCCGUGAUCAAAAACGCCGACAUGUCGGAGGAGAUGCAACAGGACUCGGUGGAGUGUGCAACUCAGGCGUUGGAGAAAUAUAACAUAGAGAAGGACAUUGCGGCCCAUAUUAAAAAGGAGUUUGACAAGAAGUACAACCCCACCUGGCACUGCAUCGUGGGGAGGAACUUCGGUAGUUACGUGACACAUGAAACCAAACACUUCAUCUACUUCUACCUGGGCCAAGUGGCCAUUCUUCUGUUCAAAUCUGGUUAAACGCAUGGACUGUGUCACACACCCAGUGAUCCAUCCAAAACCAAGGACUGCAGCCUAAAUUCCAAAUACCAGAGACUGAAAUCUUCAGCCUUGCCUAGGGGAACACCUCGAUCUUUGAACCUUUAUUGUGUUGUUUUGUGCAGGGUAUUCUCUGUACAAAUUUGUUGUGGUUAUAAAACAAUUAGCAAAACAGCUUACAUUUGUAUUUAUUUUCUAUUCCAUACCUCUGCCCCAUGUUUUUUCUCCUCAGAAUCCAUUCCUUUCAAAUAAAUCUGUUGGAGAAGUGUGUGUUAGUUACGAUUUGUUCAAAUCUAGGGUUGAAAAUGGCCUAUUACUUGAUAGGCUAUUGGGGGUCAGGCCUUGAAGUGAGUUUUUGUGGGAUGUAAUAGACUAGCCUAUUCAUAGUGCUCUUGAGUCUUUGAUCUGUCCCAUCCUGCAGCUGCCGUGCAUGGAAGACUACUGCUCAGAAGUGCAUGUUGAGAAAUGCAUGGCAGAGAAACUUUUCGGUUAAAUCUCGGUACUAAUCUGAAAAAUAACUAUCCUUAAGUGCUCAUUUUGUUAAAAGAUGCUGUUCUGGACUUUGGGCCUCAGUUGGUGUUGAUGAAUGUGUAGAACUUUAUCAAAGUUCUCUUUGGUUGUAAAACAAGCCAAUAACAAAGUUGCACUAAUGAGAAAUUGCUGGGCUAGUCUAGGCCGUCUGCCCCUGCCCCCUUUUCCUGCCCUGUCCCAAAAGGACACUCAAAGAUUAAAAGUGGUUUUAAAAGGAAAAAUGAAAGUUUUUGAGCAGCAGCCCUCCGUGUGAUUCCAAUAAAGUCUUUGCAGGAAUGUAAA